AUGGAAAAAAAAACGAAAAGAACAGAGCUUUUUCCGUUAAAAAUAAAUCAAAAUAGUGAAUCCAAAAUAUGCCGUAAAGAGCCUCAAAAAACAGCUUUUUCAGAAAUAAAGAUAAAGAAAAUGAUAGAAAACAACUCUCAGGAUAUUUCUGAAACAAAAGAAAUAAAAAACAGGGCAUCUUUAGGCAUUUUUGUGUGGUCUUCAAGUCAAAACAAUGACGAUGAAUUGUUAGAAAAUAUAAGAAGUGAUUAUGAUAAAUGUCUUAGGAGAUCAUAUUCAAGUAUAAGCUUAAGACAGGUGCCAUGUGACUUUAAAGAGUUAUAUCACAAACCCUCUUUGAAAACAUUUGAAGACCAGAAAAGCACUAUUUCUGAUAUUAAAACAGAUAAUGUUGUUAGCGAUGUAGCUGAACAUGGGAAUUCUGUUCUUUUUCGCUCUUUAACUACUAUAGACAAAUUUAUUACAGAAAAUGACAUAGAAACAAAAAAUAAAAAAUUUUGGCAGACAAGAAAAUAUCCUUUUUAUAGUUCAAAAGUAUUAGGACUACCAGAAAAACUUUUUUUUCAGAAAUGGAAUGCUUUGAAAUCUGGAAUAAAGUUAAAAAAUUUUAGAAAAAAAGAUAAAAAAGAUACAUAUAUACCAGUUAAUUUAGUUUCUCAGCUUGAGGCAGGCACUCCAGCUGCAAUUAUACUUGCUUCUGUUUUCCAAAGAGACGAUAAUGGUAGGCAAAGAGUACCUGUUCUUUUGGAUCAAUUAAAAAUUAAUGUCCUUGAUGCAAAAAAUAUGAAAUCUAGAUCUCAUACAUUAUUUCAGAUAAAGCUUAAGUACGGUGAUGGAGAGGAUGCAGUAGAAUGGUCUGUAUACAAAGAGUGGAAAGACUUUCUUAAUUUGCAUACACGGUACCGAGUUUCUGAAACAGUAAAUGGUCAAUUUAGAAAAACAUCAGGAUUACCUAGGUUUCCAAAAUCUAGUGUACCGUAUCUUCGCACUAUUAGAGGAUUUAGUUCAGGAAAUAAUAACAGUUUUAAUAAAAAAUUAAGUAAGUUUUCAAAACAAAACGUAUUCACAGAAAUAGAACCUAUAUCAUCUAAAGUCAAUGAAAAAACGCACAUAGUUAAAAGCAAUAGUUUCGUAGAGAUGCAAAGGAAAAAACUUGAGGAGUAUUUAAAAAAUAUGAUACAACUAUUUCUUUUUAGACCAGAAGGAAUUAGACUUUGUUUAUUUUUGGAGCUUAGUGCUUUAGGAAUAAAGCUUGGAAAAUAUGAGAAAUAUCAUGGAAAGGAAGGGUUAUUAUCAAUUGUCAAUUCAAAAGGCUCUACACGCAAAAUGACAUGUAAUCCUAUUGAAGUAAGAAAUCGAUCACAGCCAAAAUGGUAUCUUGUAAGGGAAUCAUAUAUUGUGUGUGUAAAUGAUUUAAGUUCUACUAAAAUUUACGAUGUAUUUCUUAUGGAUGAUGGAUUCGAAAUUACUAAAAAACAUUUUUCUAAAGAUAUACCAGCUUAUAUGUCUAAAAUUAAAAAAGAUAAUUUAAACAGAUAUCAACCAAAACGUUACACCUUUAAAAUUAAAAAUUGCGAAAGACAACUUAAACUCUUAGCUAAAAAUGAAAUGACAAUGCAUCAAUUCAUAGAAAACAUUAAAGCUGUCAAUGAAUUUAGUAUAUGGACAAAAUUCAAACGUUUUGACAGUUUUUCCCCUAUUAGAACCAAUGUUGCAGCUCAAUGGAUUAUUGAUGGGAGAGAUUAUUUUUGGAAUGUAAGCAGAGCAAUUUUAAAUGCCAAAGAAACAAUUUAUAUACACGAUUGGUGGCUUAGCCCUGAAUUGUAUCUCCGUCGCCCUGCAUGCAUUUCACAAGAUUGGAGGUUAGAUAAAUUAUUAAAAAAAAAAGCAGAUGAGGGCGUUCAAAUUUAUAUUAUUAUAUACCGUAAUGUUGGAACAACAGUUCCAGUUGAUUCAAAUUAUACAAAAUAUUGUUUAAUAAAACUUUCUCCUAAUAUUUAUGUUCAAAGAUCACCUUCUCAUCUACGACAAAAUACUUUUUUUUGGGCACAUCAUGAAAAAAUUAUAUGUAUAGACGAAGAAAUUGGUUUUAUAGGUGGUAUCGACCUAUGUUUUGGGCGAUGGGACUCUUAUGAACAUGUUUUAUACGAUGAUAAGCCAAGUGGAUGGGAUGAAAUGCAAAACCCAAUUUCAAAUAUUCCAGAUGAGCCGCUUAUUUGGCCAGGUAAAGAUUAUUCCAAUCCAAGAGUUCAAGAUUUUUCUACUCUUGAUAAGCCUUACGAAGAUAUGUAUAAUCGUACAUUAAUUCCAAGAAUGGCAUGGCAUGAUAUUUCUAUGCAAAUUGUAGGCCAACCAGCAAGAGAUAUUGCUAGGCAUUUUGUACAGAGAUGGAAUUAUCAUUUAAGGUCUAAAAAUCCAAGUAGAUUUACACCUUUUUUGGUUCCUCCUCCUGAAUUUACACAAGAACAACUUGAAAAAAAAGGGUUUAUUGGGACUAAUGAAUUACAAAUAUUACGCUCGGCUGGACCAUGGUCUAUUGGUACACCAACGAAAGUUGAACAUAGUAUUCUAAAUGCUUAUAUUAAAUGUAUAGAAACUAGUGAACAUUUUGUAUAUAUUGAAAAUCAGUUUUUUAUAACAUCAUCUGAAUGUGAAGGAACCGUUAUUGAAAAUGGUAUCGGUAAUGCUUUAGUAAAGCGGAUUAUUAAAGCACAUAAAAAUAAUGAAAAGUGGAGAGCUAUAAUAAUACUACCAUUAAUUCCUGGAUUUCAAAAUGAUGUUGAUGUACAGGAAGGGACAAGUAUACGCUUGAUAAUGCAUUGUCAAUAUCGUUCUAUAUGUCGUUAUAGAUGUUCUAUUUUUAAAAAAUUAGAAGCAGAAGGAAUUGAUCCGAUAAAAUAUAUUCGAAUAUAUAGUCUUAGAAAUUGGGCAAAGCUUGGAAAAAAUGAAAGACUUGUUAGUGAAAUGAUUUAUAUUCAUGCAAAGUGUAUGAUUGUUGAUGACAGAAUUUGUAUAAUCGGAUCAGCAAAUAUUAACGAAAGAUCAAUGCGUGGAAAUAGAGACUCUGAAAUUGCAGCAAUAAUUAGAGAUACUGAUAUGCAGUUAUCAACUAUGGCAGGGAAACCAUAUCUUGUUGGAAAAUUUUCCUAUACAUUAAGAGUAAGAUUAAUGAGAGAGCAUCUUGGAAUCAAUUGUGAUGAAAUGGAAAAAAUAGAGCCCUUUAUGGAUGGUUUGGCUAAGAAUUGUAAAUGGAAAGAUGUAAAAACUUGGGAUUUUAAUAAUUCACUUACAUUUGAGACAUUAGAGAAUGAAGAGAAAUCAAUUAAGGAAAAUUUACCUGAAGAGAAUGAAGGAAUUAUUAAAUUAUGUAAUGAAUAUGCGGUUUCUUUUCAAGGAAAAUAUACUCAACAAAAUUUAAACAAAGAUGAAAUUUUAUAUCAAAUAAAAUCUAAUAUACUUGAAUUUAAAGAAAAAAUUCCGCACAUACUAGAAUCAUCUCAAAUACCAUUUGGAAGACCAAAAGUUACUACGACAACAACACAUUUGUUAUUUGGUGUUGAAGUCAAAAAAAGUAUUUCAAAUUCUAACAAUAUUAAUAACGAUAUAAAUAGUUUAAAUGAAAAGCAUAUAUUUACUGAAAAUUAUAAAAAAAUUAUAACAGAAUCGCAAAAUGUUCAUGAUAAUAUUAAGAAUUUAGAUAAACCAGAAAUAAAGUCUUAUAGAUCUAUAAUUCCUAAUUUAUACAAUUUUAACGAAAUAAAUGUUAAUGCAAACAAAUUAGAUUUGGAUAACUUUCCUGAAAAAAAAACAGAAUACAAAAUAUCAUCAACAGGACAAUGGCCAAAAAUUAAAAUAGAUCCUAUGGCAUUUUCAGAUCCUUUAUCCGACUAUUUUUUUGAAGAUGUAUGGGACAAAAUUGCUCAAAAAAAUACAGAAAUAUAUCGCGAAGUUUUCCGUUGUAUGCCAGAUAAUGAAGUACGCACAUGGAAAGAUUAUUAUCGUUAUAAAAAAUAUGCAGAAAGAUUUAUGCAUAGAUAUGAAACAGAAAAAACAAAUAUAAAUCCUAUUCACGAGAUUUCUGAAUCAUUGCCAAUAUAUUGUCAAGAAACAAAAUUGCCUACUAAUAAAAUUGACGAAAUAGACAACAUUAAAAGUAAUACAAUAUUAAUAGAUUCCAAUCUAGAUACAUCAAAAGAAAUUUCUGAAGCCAAUUUUGCAUCUAGCUCUCAACCUUUAUCAGGCUUUUUACAUAAAAAAGGUUUAAAAAAUUCAGAAGAUAUUUUUCUCGAGUCACAAGAGGUUCUAGAAGAAAAAUUAUCCAACAUUCAAGGUCAUUUAGUUAUUUGGCCUACGGAAUGGCUUGUAGAGGAAUAUGAACAUGGUCACUGGCUUUUUGCUUUUGAUCAUAUCCCUCCUAUUGAUAUAUAUACUUAA